AUGAAUUUAGAGGAAGAAGCAAUUGAAGAAAACAACACAGAUAAUGUUUCUAAAGAGGUAGAAGAGACAACAAUUGAAGAAGACAACCCAAGUAAUAUAACUGAAGAGUUGGAAGAACCCAAUAAGGAUUGUGAGGUUUUUAUUUGUCCUGUAUGUUCAGAGGGGUUUCCCAGCAAAGAAGCAGCUGAAAAUCACGUGAAAGACCACAUUAAAGUGCUAAAUACAACUCAAGUUAGCAACAGAAAUGGAAAAUUAGAAAUUGAGGUUAAAGAAGAACCAAACGACAACUUUGAAGAGGUUGUCUUUCCAUUUAUUAAUGAUGAUGAUGAUGAGUAUAAGAAUCCUUACUACAAUUUGGAGAGCAUAAGGCCUGAGAAAGUGAAGAAAAAAGAGCUUGAAUGGAGCGAAUAUCACUGUAAACGCUGCAAUAAAUACUUUCAUAACGAGUAUCAUUUGAAUUUGCAUGGUAAAAAGGUGCACAAAUUCGAUUUUAAAUGCUCUAGAUGCCACAAACCGUUUAAUUUCGAGGAAAGGUUAAAGGAGCAUGAAAAAAGCCACAUGUUCCUUGAAAUAGGUGAAGAACGUAAAACAAAAGAGGAAGAUAUAAAAAAUGAAACAAUGGAAAACGAAGAAGCCGCUGAAACCAGUGAACAUAAAGUAAAAACGCACAAGUUAUAUGAGAAUAAGGAGGUUAGGUGUGAAUUAUGCGAUAAAACAUACAAAAAUGAGAGUUAUUUGAGCAGACACAACACCAUGGUGCACAAAAAGCGUUUUCAAUGUACCACAUGUGGUAAAGAAUGCGAAAAUCGUCAAAAACUAAGCUACCAUGAGUUAACGCAUAGCAAUACCAAAAUAUUUAUAUGUUCGGUUUGCGGUAAAGGAUUCAAUUUCAAACAACACUUAAACUUGCAUGAAAAAUGUCACAGUGGGGAGCGUCCAUUUUCAUGUGAUAUAUGUGAGGCUUCCUUUAAACUAAAACAACAACUACAAACGCAUGUACAGUGUGUUCACAGUGAAGAGAGACAGUUUGAGUGCAAUGUUUGUAAUAAGAAGUUCAAGUUGAAACCCCAACUGCAAAUCCAUAUGAACUCUCACAAUGAUAUCAAGCCACACAUCUGCAGUUUGUGCCAGAGAGGUUUUGGUUAUAAAGCUGCACUGGAGACUCACUACAAGAUGCAUUUCGAUAUCAGGGAGUUCCCCUGUGAAUUUUGCAAUAAAGAGUUUAGAACCAAACAAUCGCUCGAGGUUCAUGCUAAGAUUCAUUUGGAUCUAAAGGAGUUCUCAUGUCGUCACUGUGGGAAGAUGUUCAGAAGGAAACAAGCUUUGGAUAUACAUGAAAAAAUCCAUUUGGAUAUAAAGGAAUAUCCCUGUGAAGUUUGCCAUAAAUUGUUCAGAACCAAGCAACAGUUGCAAGUACAUGAAACUGUCCAUGAAAAAAAUGGUGAAAAUGAUGGUGAUGAUGAUAUGGAAAUUGAAUGUAAUCUUGAUGAAAUUAAAGAUGAUCCUAUAGAAUUGCCAAAAGAAAUACAAAAUGGUGUGGAAUCUACCCCAGCAAUAAUUAAUUAA